CAGUCGCAUGUGGAUCGAGGUAGGUAGUCGCGGAUCUCGUAGGAGCAAAAAACCAAUCGCUGGGAGGGUUCUGGCCAUCUUGGAAAGAUAUGUCGUGUCUGGGAAAACGUCAACAGAGUCGUGUUUAUCGCCCGAUACAUGCCGCGGUGCGAGCCCGCUAAUUUUUGGACGGCGCGCAUAAUCCAGGUGUGACACGGUGGCGUUCCUUUGCGCGUAGGACUCCGAUCCGGCUGCAGGCAGACCUAACUAUGAAUCGGGGUGACGGUUUGGUACAGCGGCGUAGAGUGGUUAACAGCAGCAGUGCCAGUGGAUUGGGACAGGAUGGCUCGAACGAGCAGGCCGGCGCCAACUCCGACAAGUUAUCUGGCCACGAGUUUGAUUCCGAUAUUUCCUCCCAAAAAGACUAUAAUUCGAACCCUACAAUCGACGAAGACUCUGAUAAAGAGACACGAUUGACACUUAUGGAAGAAGUUCUGCUACUCGGGCUCAAAGAUAAAGAGGGAUACACGUCGUUCUGGAACGACUGCAUAAGUUCUGGGUUACGAGGGUGUAUCUUAGCCGAGUUAGGACUUCGAGGGCGAGUAGAGUUGGAGAAGGCAGGAAUGCGCAAAAGGGGUCUUCUGGCGAGAAAACUGCUUCUUAAGAAUAAUGCACCUACAGGAGAUGUGCUUUUAGACGAAGCGCUAAAACAUCUUAAAGAGACGGAUCCUCCAGAGACUGUUCAAAGUUGGAUCGAAUAUCUUAGUGGAGAAACAUGGAAUCCAUUGAAAUUACGAUAUCAACUAAAGAAUGUUAGAGAAAGAUUAGCAAAAAAUCUAGUUGAAAAGGGAGUUUUGACCACGGAAAAGCAGAACUUUCUUUUGUUUGACAUGACUACCCAUCCGCUUACCGACAACCUUGCUAAAACUCGCCUUGUGAAAAAGAUUCAGGAGGCUGUGUUAGGUCGUUGGGUUAACGAUGCCGGUCGCAUGGACAGGAGGACUUUGGCCUUAGUUAUUCUAGCUCAUGCUGCCGAUGUGCUGGAAAAUGCUUUUGCACCUUUAUCCGAUGAUGAUUACGAAGUAGCAAUGCGAAGAGUACGGACACUUUUGGACCUUGAUUUUGAAGCAGAAGCAGCAAAACCGAAUGCAAAUCCUGUUCUUUGGGCGGUAUUUGCAGCGUUUACGAAGUAACGCAUUUUCCCCUCAUUUAGGCGUGUAAAGGAUAAGCAUUCAAUAUUAGCGCAAAAGUGGGAUUACGGUUUAUGCAUGUCCUUUAGUUGCAAGCGUCGGUAUAUUUACGCACUCAGACCAAAUAACUUGUACACUGCAACGUAUUAAGAAACUUUGGUAUAACGAGUGUUUUCACUAUUUGUUAUUUAACAACGAUGAAUAACGUGUCAGAUAUGUUCGUAUGUAGUGUGGAUGCGAGAUGAAAAAAUUAGAGAGCGAAUGAAAACUUAGUAUGCUUGUACAUCAGUGUAGAGAAAGAACAGUGAGAAUAAGUGAGAUUGAUCUUCUUCCAUAGUUUCUUAAUAUACGUCGCCUAGAUUGGUUUUAUAGUCAUAGAGGAAGAGCUUUUUUGUUAUUAAAUCAAUAGCAGAAUAUAUUGGGUUCAUAAGAAUCAUUUUUAUUCAUUUUAUUGAAAAAUACAAUUCACUAGUUGGCAGUAGAGUAUAGUUCAUUUUUCUGUAACAUCUUCGUUCAUUGGGUAUAAUACUAGGAAAUAUAAUAGUUACGAUAAAGGCAUUACUAUUUUAAACAAAGUUCUAUUGCUUGAAAUAAAUGCAAACCUACUACUA